CGGUAUUUCUAUCUAUUAUUUUGGAGAUUUAUAAUUCUUCCGUUUUAUUGGAUGGAAUUUCAAUGAAUUAGAUCUAUAAGAACCGCGAAGUCCUUACUUUUGAGUCCAAAAUGAAUCAUUUAGAGCUCCGAUUUAUAGUACAUUCUAUUUUGUUUUGGUAGUUCGAUCGUGGAAUUUCUUUGUUUCUGUAUUUCCGGAGUAUGAGUAAAGUAUAUGAUUGGUUCGAAGAACGUCUCGAGAUUCAAGCAAUUGCGGAUGAUAUAACUAGUAAAUACGUUCCCCCCCACGUCAAUAUAUUUUAUUGUUUAGGGGGAAUUACGCUUACUUGUUUUUUAGUACAAGUAGCUACUGGGUUUGCUAUGACUUUUUACUACCGGCCGACCGUUACUGAGGCUUUUGCUUCUGUUCAAUACAUAAUGACUGAAGCCAACUUUGGUUGGUUAAUCCGAUCAGUUCAUCGAUGGUCGGCAAGUAUGAUGGUCCUAAUGAUGAUCCUGCAUGUAUUUCGUGUGUAUCUCACCGGCGGAUUUAAAAAACCUCGCGAAUUGACUUGGGUUACAGGUGUGGUUCUGGCUGUAUUAACCGCAUCUUUUGGCGUAACUGGUUAUUCCUUACCUCGGGACCAAAUUGGUUAUUGGGCAGUGAAAAUAGUAACAGGUGUCCCUGACGCUAUUCCUGUAAUAGGAUCACCUUUGGUCGAAUUAUUGCGCGGAAGCGCUAGUGUGGGACAAUCUACUUUGACUCGUUUUUAUAGUUUACACACUUUUGUAUUGCCACUUCUUACUGCCGUAUUUAUGUUAAUGCACUUUCCAAUGAUACGUAAACAGGGUAUUUCUGGUUCCCUCGGGGGAUGGAUUUAUAAGAAUUCACCUAUCCCAAUAACAAAAAAACCUGACUUGAAUGAUCCUAUAUUAAGAGCUAAAUUGGCUACAGGUAUGGGUCAUAAUUAUUAUGGAGAGCCCGCAUGGCCCAAUGAUCUUUUAUAUAUUUUUCCAGUAGUAAUUCUAGGUACUAUUGCAUGUAAUGUAGGCUUAGCCGUUUUAGAACCAUCAAUGAUUGGUGAACCGGCAGAUCCAUUUGCAACCCCUUUGGAAAUCUUACCUGAAUGGUAUUUCUUUCCUGUAUUUCAAAUACUUCGUACAGUGCCCAAUAAAUUGUUGGGGGUUCUUUUAAUGGUUUCAGUACCUGCGGGAUUAUUAACAGUACCUUUUUUAGAGAAUGUUAAUAAAUUCCAAAAUCCAUUUCGCCGUCCAGUAGCGACGACUGUCUUUUUGAUUGGUACCGCAGUCGCCCUUUGGUUGGGCAUUGGUGCAACAUUACCUAUUGAUAAAUCCCUAACUUUAGGUCUUUUUUAAAUUUUUUAUUUUUAAUUGAUUCAAUUGUGAAAUAACACGACAUGUGUAUCUAGGGAAUAGUUUCUUCAAAGCGAAUUCUCCCUAGAUACAUCUAGUCAA